AUGGUUGAAUUCGACAUACACACAUCCAUUCUCUUUGAUCCCAAACAAAAAUGCAUUCGCAAGAACAUUUCUAUCACAGUCGACAGCACAAGCGGCUUGAUCGUGCGCGUCUAUGAACGAACGGGGGACGUCGAUGGCUUCAAGAGCGAUGAUAUUGACCUUCGAGGCAAAUUUGUGAUGCCCGGUCUCGUAGACGCGCACACUCAUGUAUUCCUCCAUUCCUACGACGAGACCGAUGCUCUCCGGCAGAAGCGCGACGAGAGCAUGACAGAGCGGAUCGUGCGUGCCGUCAACCACUGCCGCACCGCGCUGCUGGCUGGAUACACCACGUACCGCGAUCUGGGCUCGGAAGGCAUGCAAGAAUGCGAUGCAAACCUUCGCGAUGCCAUCGCGCGUGGCUUGACGCCAGGACCGCGGCUCUUCGUUGCCACCAAGGUGCUCGCCAGUACAGGCUCGUUCGAAGCUCGCACCGAGAAUACCCUGGGCGGGCACUGCGUACCAGCGCAAGCGGACGCUGUGGACGGGCCGGAGGAGUGUCGCAAAGCUGUUCGCCGGCGUAUCGCUGCGGGCGCCGAUGUGAUCAAGUACUUCGCCGAUUACCGACGGCGCAUCAUGCGGUCGCCGCCCGCUCAGCAGCAUCCUUAUAAAGCCAGCGUGCUGCAUCCUCCCAAGGAGCCGAACCCGGAUUACAUGGUCUUCUCGCAAGAGGAGAUGAACAUGAUUGUACAGGAAGCGCAGCUGGCGCGGUGUCCUGCCGUGGCUCACUGUUGUACGCUGGAGGGUGCACUUGGAGCCGUUGAGGCUGGAGUCACGUCAAUCGAGCACGUCUACUUUGCGACUGACGAGCUGUUCCGACGCAUGGCGGCCAAGAACGUCAUCCUCGUUCCCACGCUGGCCAUCGCCGAGAAGCUCCACGCUAAGCGCUUCGACAUCAUCCUCUCGCAGGUCAAGCGUGCGCACGAGCUGGGAGUCCGGCUGGCUUGUGGUGGUGACACGGGUACAUACUCGCAUGGUGAGAAUGUUCGGGAGUUGGAAUUGAUGAUCGAAGCUGGCAUCCCCGUCGCGGAUGUUCUUGAAGCAUGUACUGUGGGUGGUUGGGAGUCGUGUGGUGGUGACUACUGUGGGAGGCGGUUCGGUUGGUUUGAGGAAGGCCUCCAAGCCGACAUCGUGGCAUUGGAUGAAGAUCCCCACGAGUCGACAGCGGCACUAAGGAAGGUCAACUUUGUCAUGAAGGAUGGCAUUGUAUGGAAAAUAGAGAAUGAGCCCAGUACAAUGUAA